AUGCCUCCACCCGCCACCCGCCACCUCCCUGGGUUAGUGGAACAUGCAAAGCUCAGUCAGAGGACGGAGGCAGGGGUGGAGCUGCCAGGGCCUGGGCGAUGGAGCAGGAGCGGGCGGCACCGGCGGGCAGCCUGGUUGGCACGGACUGCCCCGGCCGCGUCCCGCGCCCACUCGGGGGCUGAGGCUCCCUGGGAGAAGCAGGCAGGCAGCACCCGGGGAAGGGGUGCCCCACAGGCCUCGGGGGGCGCUGGGCCCACAGUGGGCGGAAGCCUACGGGGCCCCGCAGUACCUGGCUGGCACUCCUGA